UUUCUCUCUUUAGUCUUUCUUUGACCAAGACUUUUUAUCUUUCUUUGAUAAGAAACCACCUGUCUUAUUACUAGAUUUCAUCGAUCAUCCACUGCCAUGGCAGAGGCUACAACAAUGGUGUUGAAAGUAGACCUCCAGUGCUACCGCUGCUAUAAGAAGGUCAAGAAAGUGCUCUGUAAAUUUCCAGAAAUAAGAGAUCAGAAAUACGAUGAGAAGGCAAACACUGUGACGAUCAGUGUGGUAUCUAGCAAUCCUGAGUCUAUCAGGAGCAAGAUAUGCGACAAGGCCGGUUGUUGCAUUAAAGGCAUUGAGAUUAAACCUAAAGAUAAACCUGCUACUGAUAAGGAUACAAAAACAACAGAGAAAGAUAAAUCUGGCAAGGAUAAAACUAAAGAGCCUGAGAAGAAAGAAUACCAAACGAUUAACAUAGUAGGGAUAUUUUGUAAGGAAUGCCAUAUGUGGCAUCGAGAAGGGCCGUGCGAGAAGAGUAAAGGUGUUCCAUUCAAACUCGCAUGCAAUGAGAAUUGUGGGAAAAGAGUUUGGUGUGGUGGGUGUGGCGGUAGUGGGUGCAAAAGCUGCUCAGGUCAUGGGUGGAUCAGCUGGUAUUGUAGCAAUUGUAGCAGCAAGCCUUGUAAAGGGUGUGGCAGCUCUUCCUGUAGCGGAUGCAACGGCUUGUCUUGGUCUUGUAGUGGGCACGGCAACUGGCACUGUAAAGGUUGCGGCAGCUCUUCUUGCAACGGCCGAUCUUGCGGUGGGUGCAACAACUGGGCGUGUAAAGGGUGCGGCAGCUCAUCCUGUGGCGGGUGCAACGGCUGGUCUUGUAAAGGGUGCGGCAGCUCUUCUUGCAGCGGCUGCAACGGCUGGUCUUGUAGUGGAUACGGUAGCUGGUCUUGUAAAGGGUGCGGCAGCUCUUCUUGCAGCGGCUGCAACGGCGGGUCGUGCAAGCGGUGCGGUAACUUUUCCUGCACUGGUUACAGUGGAUGUUCUUGCGGUAGGUGCACAAGCUGUUCUAUAAGCCGAUGUCACUACGAAGAAAGAUCAAGUUGUAUAAUAAUGUAAGAUGCUACUGCCUGCGACAAGAAGAAGAAGAAGAAGAUUGUAUGAAGUUUCCUUUUUGCAUGUGUUGACGUGAGCGUGUGUCAGGUUUCGCAGUAGAAGAAAGAUCAAUAAAAGUUGUGCUUUGGCUUUGUCGUUGGUUGAUCACUGUAUGUAUGUUCCUUUCCAUGAUUCCUUGUGUUGUUAUCGUUUUAUCAAUAGUAUAUUUAAUAAAAGCUUAUCACUUUUUUA